AUGGUAGUAGGAGAAACAUCCAUGGAGCUUGACCAUCAGUGUUUUCAGAUGAUGAUGAUGAAGAUGGGAGGAGUCAACAUCAGAGAGUGGAAAGAUAUCCCUGUUGAGCUUCUUAUGAGAAUCCUUUCUCUUGUUGAUGAUCGGAAUGUCAUUGCUGCCUCUGGUGUUUGCUGUGGUUGGAGAGAUGCUAUUUCUCUUGGUCUCACUCGCCUCCGUCUCUCUUGGUGCAACAACAACAUGAACGGCUUGGUUCUUUCUCUUGCGCCCAAGUUUGUAAAGCUGCAAACUUUAAUACUGCGCCAGGACAAACCUCAGCUAGAGGACAACGCAGUGGAGGCCAUAGCAAAUCACUGCCAUGAGCUACAAGAGCUUGAUCUCAGCAAAAGCUUGAAACUUACUGACCGUUCCCUCUAUGCACUUGCUCAUGGUUGCCCUAACCUCACUAAACUCAACCUUAGCGGUUGUACUUCAUUCAGCGACAAAGCUAUUGCUUAUCUGACUAAGUUCUGCAGAAACCUGAAAGUCCUGAAUCUUUGUGGAUGUGUCAACGCUGUUUCUGAUUAUACCUUGGAGGCAAUUGGGAACAACUGCAAUCAGAUGCAGUCACUAAACUUGGGAUGGUGUGAGAAUAUCAGUGAUGAUGGGGUUAUGAGUUUAGCUUAUGGCUGUCCAGAUCUCAGGACCUUGGACUUGUGUGGUUGUGUUCUCAUUACAGAUGAGAGUGUGGUAGCUUUAGCGGAUUGGUGUAUCCACUUAAGGUCACUAGGGCUAUACUACUGCAGAAACAUAACAGACAGAGCCAUGUACUCGCUAGCUCAAAGCGGGGUGAAGAACAAACCGGGGUUAUGGCAAUCAUCAGCUAAGAAGAGCAGCAAAUACGAUGAAGAAGGGCUGAGAAGUCUCAACAUAAGCCAAUGCACUGCACUUACACCUUCUGCUGUUCAAGCGGUUUGCGAUACGUUUCCUGCUCUCCACACGUGUUCGGGAAGACAUUCUCUUGUGAUGAGCGGGUGUUUGAACUUGACGUCUGUGCACUGUGCUUGUAUUCUUCAGGCUCAUCGUGCGGUUCCUCACUCUGCUCACUGA